CACAAAUUUGUGAUAACUGUGCACAGUGCUUGUGGUGGCUUCUCUCGGAUAAGUAAUUACUUUUCGAAAAAAUAAAAUGCAUCGGAAUACUUGAUAAAGUAUACGUGUACUUAUUAUGAUUCGGUUUCUCCUCAUCACAAUUGCUGCUUGUGUAGCACGUGCCAGUAUUGAGGAAAUCCCGCUUCCGUCAGACAUUCAAAAUUGCUUCGACAGACAAUACAAAAAAGGUAAUCUGACAGUACAUGUAGGCGAGAAGUUGAUCUGGCAUUGCGUGCACGGGUCACUAUGGACACGUGUUGGGACCAGCGAGAAACAAAUGCCAAAGGUUGCAAUGAAGUGGUUUGCCGAUCUCAUUCACAACAGCUAUAGGGAAGCACAGAAUAACCGUCGAAUCCGACGUCAGGCUAUUCGUCGCCGGCCUCCUCAAAGGCAGCUUAGAAUUCGCCGGGAGUAUCGGUUACUGAGCGAUAUUGAACGAAGAUUAUUCCACAGAGCGAUUAAUCUGUUGAAAGCUGACAGGACCAUACCACCGAACAGAUUUGAUGCCCUUGGUCGUUUGCACGAACUGUUAGGAGAAAGGGCUCAUGAUGGUCCAAACUUUCUCGGUUGGCACAGAUUGUUUCUAAUUCUGGCAGAGAACGCACUCAGAGAGAAGGUCCCAUCAGUAACCAUACCGUAUUGGGACUCGACUCUAGACCUGCAUAUGGUAGAUCAAAGGGCUUCUCUCAUCUGGACUCCAGAAUUCAUGGGAAAUGGUAACGGAAGGAUUCGAACGGGGGCUUUCGCUGGAUGGGUAACACCAUAUGGUCCGUUAAUGCGUAACUUUGGCGACGGUGGCACUAUGAUGAAUUGGACCAGUAUCCGUGAUACAUUUAGUAAAAGUCAUAUAGCUGAGAUAACUCAUCCACAAGCAGACCCAAAGGCCAAUAUUGAGGACCAUCACGGUGAACCUCAUCUCUGGGUGGGAGGGCAUAUGUCACCUCAAGCUCUUGCAGGAUAUGAUCCAAUUUUUCUCUUACUUCAUUCAUUCAUAGACCUAAUUUGGGAACUAUUUCGCAGAAUUCAGCGGAGACGUGGCAUUGAUCCGACGAUAGAUUAUCCAUUCAGCGAUACUGGCCCACCUGGGCAUGAAUACAAUGAUCCAUCUGGAUUUGGUAAUUUAUUAAACAGGCAUGCCCUCAGCGAUAUUUUCACAACGGAGAUGUAUACAUAUCAGCUGCCACCCACUUGUUCUAACGAGAUUCCAACGUGCGGCUCCCGGUAUAUAAGGUGUGACACGUCUGAUGCAAGACCAAAAUGUGUCGCUGUCUCAAUAUUUGACACCCCUGCAGACGAGGUAUUCAAUGUCAGCGACUUAACACCAUUAAGAAAGAAACGAAAUGUUCCGGCCAUUGACAGCCUGUUUAUUCACAAUGAUAAACAUGUAACUACGUACAUGCAGCAGUUAGAAAACGCUGUUGAUAUCAAAUGUCAAAAGGAAAAUAUAAACGACCAUUACGUCAACAACUUUAAUAUAGAUGGCGUAACCAAUACAAAUGCAUGGUCCUAUCUACCAUUGAAUGUAAUUGUAAAAAAGAACAAUAAGAAUCAAAGCAAUGGUAAUAAAUUGUCGGCUGCAGUAUAUCCAAAAUGCGAAAAAAAUAACCUUCCUUUAAGUGUUUAUGUUGAGUCAAAUGGUCUGAACUAUCGCGGUCUUUAUAAAGAAAUUGCACACGUGAAGAAUGAUGUUUCAGUUACGUCAUCAAUUGUGUAUAUUGCAAUUAGAACACCUGACGUAAAACCCUCGGAAUUACUACUUUCUGCAUACGAUUCGUGCGGAAGAAUAUGUAGAACAUUCUGCCAGAGUACUACUCUGGGUGCCUACAGACCAUGUCAAGGUGCGUUACGAGUGGACAAAAGGAGUCCCCAUUUAUUUGGAAGAGAUGCGAAUACGGUAUCAAAAACACACUGGAUACAAAGCGAAUAUGGUGUACCAAAAUUAGACGAUUCCAAAAUUUUUGUACAGGUUGUUUGUGACAGUGGUUUAGAAUGGCCGUGGCCAAAAGUUCACUAA